GAGGUAAAAACCGAGUCAGCCUGUGGCCCACAGUCAAUCCGCCAAUUAAUUGCCCACCUGCAUCAUGCUCCGCCGUGUCGUCCUCUCCAGUGCCGUCGCCCGUGCGUCCCGCGUGCAGCUGCGCCACGUAAGCCAGACUCGUGCACUUUUCGCUGACGAGAAGCCUGCUGAAGAAGCCGCCGCUAAGCCCGAGGCCGAGGCUGAGAAGGAGGAGCAGCCGUUGAGUGAGUCGGAAAAGCUGCAAAAGCAAGUGGAGGAGCUCACGACUCAGAAUAAGGACAUGAACGACCGCUUGUUGCGCGCUCUGGCCGACGCUGAGAAUGUGCGCCGCAUCUCGCGUGUGGACGUGAACAACGCGCGUGAGUUCGCCAUCUCCAAGUUCGCCAAGGCGCUACUGGACGUGUCGGACAACCUGAAGCGUGCCCACGAGAGCAUUGACAUUCCGGCGCUGGAGCCGGAGAAGCAGUUGGAUGCCAUUAAGAUGUUGCACGAAGGUGUGGUCAUGACGGAGCAGCAGCUGCAGAAGGUUUUUCGCGAGUUUAAGAUCCACCAGGUGGGAGAAGUGGGAGACAAGUUCGACCCCAAUGUCCACGACGCGCUCUUCGAGUACGAGGACGCCACGAAGGAGGCUGGCUCGAUUGGACAGCUCAUGAAGACGGGUUACCUGCUUAACGACCGGGUCAUUCGCCCCGCGCAGGUGGGUGUCGUCAAGGCCCCCAAGGAGCAGUAAAGCUUGCAACCGAGAGUUUUAACGCUCCCACAGUAGAAAUACAUGUAACGAAACCACACGCUCAUCGCUUUGGAGUAAGUUGGCGAAAGCCACUUGCAGCAUUAUGUUGAAUUUUACUUCCCGAUGCUAAAAUUGCCGGUUAGAUAUUUACUCUGAAUGAUACACAACGUUGAAAGGGAA